CAGCCUUUUGUAGAAGCCAAAAUUCAACGUCAGUCGCCUGGUAUUUUCUGGAUUGGUUGAAAUUGAGUGAAAGCACCCAGUGAAAACAAAUCGACGUUGAUGAUGGGCAUCUUCAGUGGAAAGGGAAAACAUCAAUCGUUUGUGUUCUUAUUCUCCAGUCUAUUUGCAGUCGAUUCAUUCAUUUCGGCAGCCAUGACUCGUUCAUUGACUCCAUCGUUGACAAGAGACAAGGGAUUGUCAAUAACUGUACAUGGUGUUGUCGCCACUGGCGAUCGUGAGGGGAUCGAGUAUAACGGCGAGAAAAAUUACCGUGACCAUCGUCCCUUUAGCACCGCCCGUCCAAUAACAAAAAGACGUCCCGCUAAUUGGGAUCCCUAUGUGGCCGAUACGUGCGGAGGUACGAUCAACAUCCCCUUGUCUUUCGAUCGGCUUUCCUUGUUUAAAUCGUCCGGAUUUCCGGCCACACGCGACUACCCCCUCAUCUGCAAUUGGAACGUCAAGGUGAAUUACAAUAAAUGCCGUCGUGCCCGUAUUACCAUGAGAAUGGACGGUCGCAGUCGAUUAGCCGAUGCGGAGGGUUGCACAAAAGGACAUUUCACUGUUUCACCCUUCAUGAAACGAGUCAAAAUUUGCGGUAGGAUCGGUAACAUUCCGCCCUUCCAUUGGUACUUUGACAGCCAACAGGCGGAGAAGAACGUCACCAUUACUAUGAAGAAUAUAGGCAUCAAUGAUGGCUAUUCAGAGGGCGUUUCAUUUACCCUUCAGGGUGAAUGCUUGCUAGAAAAGACAUACGUUAAAAAGAUGAAUGCCGGCAAGGAAAAUGACAGGUUUCACGUCAGAUGGAUGAGUCGACUGUUGGAGGAUCUUGAAACAGGAGAAGGGCCUCGAUUGAUUCAAGCAGCGCGUCAUACAACUCGACUUCCAUCGACCACCCCUCGUCCAUCGACCACUCAACGUCGAUUUACCACUGUCCGACCAUCGACCACUGCUCGCCCAUCGACAACUCAACGGCCAUCCACCACUCUCCGUGCAAAGACUAAGCGUCGUCCUGUAGCUAUUCAAAGAACAUCUACCACAACGAAACGUUCAAUAUCCUAUGUGCAUCCUGACCUUCUUUGGCCUUUUCUUGGGACUCCCGAGCCUUUCAUUCCUUUGGAAUCACUACUCGAUGUGCAUCCAUCAUCCAACAUCACUAGGGACACUUCAUUCACGGUACAAUCUUCUACCAAACCCACAGUUAACCUAUUUAAAUUUAAACCUAAUCAAUUAGCACCUGUCGUGAGUAGUACCUUGACCACUAAUCUUUCAUUAACCACUUCUGAUUCAAAUGUCCCUCAUUCCACAAACCAAUCGGUACAUUUGAUUGAUAUAUCUAGUGGUCAAUCACUGAAUUCUCAAGUGCCACUUGAAAUGAACAGCACCAUUCCUGAGCUCGUUUUGGAGGGUCAAACGAAUAAUGGCAACCCAAUUUCGUACAUUAGUCUGAACGGGCAAAAAUUUGUGUUUAGCAAAUUCCACAAAUUUAAGAAAUUAUUGUCCUAAA